UAACAACUUCAGCCGGAAGCUUGUGGAGAAUAGUUAUGCAACUUGCUUUAGAAGAACGUGUAUAGUAACAUGUAUUGUUAGCAAGGCGAUUGUGUUUAUGUUAGUAUCCACAAAACCAUAAAUGUUAUUCAUUAUCUCACUAAUGCAGAAGUAAAAAGGGAGUUGCAAUAUAAGCCUUAAUAGAAAGUGCUGUCAUUUAGGGAUUUCUUCUCGGAAUGCAUCCAGCAGUGGAGUGGGUCACGACAAACAGACGGAUUCUCUCAGCACUACGAUAAACACGGUUUUAGUGUCUGGGUGCAAACCUUGAGGAGCUGACUGAGGUUUAGUAAAGUUCAAGACUAAUGCGGAGGGGAAGCUGAACAGUUAUGGAGAUUCGCUUCUGUGGUCGUUAGUACAUGGAUUUGCAACUCGAAUUCUAAUGACUAUAGUACAUAUAUGAAUAUUCUCCAUCCUGAAGAGAGCAUUGCAUUAGAAUAAAGCUGUAGUCUGUCUCACCUAAGAAGCACAGUGCUGCAGGCUGAAUCUUCAAAAUGACCCAUUAUUCAGUCCACUGGUUUCGCAAGGGACUUCGUCUUCACGAUAAUUCUGCUUUGCUUGCUGCUUUGCAAGAUUGCAAAGAGAUUUAUCCCAUAUUUAUUCUAGACCCCUGGUUCCCUAAGAAUAUGUGUGUCAGUGUUAACCGCUGGAGAUUCCUAAUAGAAUCCCUUAAAGACCUGGAUGAAAGCCUCCGAAAGUUAAACUCAAGACUAUUUGUGAUUCGUGGAAAUCCAGCAGAGGUGUUUCCAUGCCUCUUCAAGGACUGGAAAGUAACUCGACUGACUUUUGAGGUAGACACAGAACCAUAUGCUAGGCAGCGGGAUGCAAAAGUAGUGAAACUGGCAGAAGAGCAUGGAGUGGAGGUUAUUCAAAGAGUAUCAAAUACUCUUUAUGACACUGAAAGAGUCAUCAUAGAGAACAACGGGAAGCCACCAUUGACAUAUGUUCGCUUGCAGACCAUUUUGUCAUCACUGGGACCCCCAAAGAAGCCUGUGCCUGCACCAUCACUGGAGCUUAUGAGGAAUUGUCAAACUCCAUGCAAGGAUCUACAUGAUGCCAGAUAUGAUAUUCCUACACUGGAAGAGUUGGGAAAAAGCUCAGCAGAGGCUGGCCCCCACCUGUACCCUGGGGGAGAAACAGAGGCCUUACGCAGAUUGGAGCACUACAUGCAAAGAACAUCAUGGGUAUGCAACUUCCAGAAGCCAGAAACGUCACCAAACUCUUUGGAUCCCAGUACAACUGUGCUCAGUCCAUACGUGAAAUUUGGCUGUCUUUCAGCUCGCACAUUUUGGUGGAGGCUGAGUGAAACCUACCAAGGGAGGAAACACUCACAGCCACCUGUAUCUUUGCAUGGUCAACUUCUGUGGAGAGAGUUUUUCUAUGUCAUAGGUGCUGCUAUUCCCAACUUCGACAGGAUGGUAGGAAAUCCUGUGUGCACACAAGUGGACUGGGAUGACAACAGAGAGUACCUCCAGGCAUGGGCUGAGGGUCGUACAGGCUACCCCUUCAUUGAUGCUAUUAUGACUCAGUUGCGGACAGAGGGCUGGAUUCAUCAUUUGGCACGGCAUGCUGUGGCUUGCUUUUUGACACGUGGUGACCUCUGGAUAUCGUGGGAGGAGGGUCAGAAGGUCUUUGAAGAACUACUCCUUGAUGCAGAUGUGUCUUUGAAUGCUGGAAAUUGGCAGUGGCUGUCUGCUAGUGCCUUUUUUCACCAGUUCUACCGUGUUUACUCACCUGUGGCUUUUGGCAAGAAAACUGAUAAAAAUGGAGACUAUAUCAAGAAGUAUCUUCCCUUUUUGAAGAAGUUCCCCGCUGAGUACAUCUAUGAGCCUUGGAAGGCCCCACGUAGCAUUCAGCAACAGGCAGGCUGCAUCAUUGGAACGGAUUAUCCAAAACCAAUCGUACUUCAUGAGCAGGUCCGCAAAAGAAACAUAGAGAGAAUGAAAGCAGCUUAUGCCAGACAUGCAGCAACAAAAAAAGACAGUAUGGAAAGUCCCAAGAAAGGUACCAAAUGUACAUCAGAUCAUGAAUCACUAACAGAUGCACUAAAGAAGAAAAAGAGGAAACUAAACAAUUAGUUGCUCUCACCACUGAAAAAAGGAAUUUGGGAGAUGAUUAUUGGAAUCUUACCUUUCAGAUGACUUUGGUGCUUUCUUCCUGGAAGAAGACUAUUUUUGGUGGUGCUGUCUGCAAAUUUCAAAGAAACUAAAGCCAUGGUGUUUAUUGUUCAUAUACUCUGGAUGUUGUGCCUUCUCAAGACAGUUUAAAUAAAAUUUAUUCCACCCAAAGUCA